AUGAUCACUCUACUUCCCGAUGAUUUCAAGCCGCUCGUUGUCACUCAGUCUGAUCUGGUCAUUGCAUCUAUUGCUUGGGGGUUCACUCUUGGUUUUGGUUUUCUCACCACAUGGACUGCCAUCAAGCAGACGUCCGAGGUGGGUCGACAAUAUGGAUAUUCCAGAGUUCAUUCGCCGUAUAUUGUCAUGAUAUGGCUGGAGAUCCUCGUCUGUAUGGUAUUCUGCAUUAUAUGUUGGCUCCAUUUAAACGGCAAUAUUCCACCAAGCUUUGCUUUCUUCUUCGUUAUUCUGACGACAUGGGCACUCCAAGUGCAGUUCCUGCUCCAGAUCAUCAUCAACCGAGUCGCUAUUCUUCUCACAGAUAAGACGAAGGCAAUGAAAAUCAAGAUUGCAGUUGCAGUAUUAAUUACUGCUAUCAACAUAUCUGUUUACUGCAUAUGGAUCCCAGCUCGACUGCAGAUUUCGGAAAGGUACAUCAAUAUCAACGAGAUUUGGGAUCGAUGUGAGAAGUGUAUCUAUUUACUCGUUGAUGGGGCACUGAACUAUUAUUUUAUCCGCAUUGUGAAGUCCAGGUUGGUGCAUCAAGGCUUGAUCAAGUAUGAUCGACUGGUGCAUUUCAAUCAAGGCAUCGUCGUUCUCUCUCUCAGCAUGGACUGUCUCAUCAUCGGAACAAUGAGCCUCAACAAUGGGUUUGUAUACAUGCAGUUCCACCCUGUCGCAUAUAUGGUCAAACUCAACAUUGAAAUGUCGAUGGCCGAGAUGAUUGUCAGGAUAGCCUCGGAUAAGGAGAACCUGAAUGUAAUGGGCCAUCAUCACAACAGCGUCGCUACUUCACUUACGAAGACAUUCGGAACGUCGAAGGAUGUCAACUGGAAGAUGGAUUCUUGUGCAACCGGAGCAUCCGCGAAAAUGGGAGACAUAACCUUUAACGCAAAACGAGAAGUGCAUGUCGUCGUCGAGCGGCGGAAAAGCGUGGGAAGUUCAAGCACAGAAGCAAGCCUGUCGAGGAAAACCUGGGAUGACAGAAAUUACGAGGAGGGCCAGGAGGAUCUAUUUCCGCUAAAGGAACAGGAUUCAAGCAAGAAGUUCAUGAUGCAGGGAGCCAGUAAUAACAUUACGGGCAUUGAGAGAGCGGGAGGGAUGGGCAUGACGGUCAAGAUCUGGGGACCGCCGGAGACGAAAGAAUUUUAUCCUUGA